CGGGGUCUCCGGGGCCGGGGUGGGAGGAUGGCGGCUCGGGCCGCCUAGGGCGGAGCUGCGCGGGCCAGGCGGCCGGUGGGGCUCUGCGGGCGGGCGCGGCGGCCGCUGCCAUGGGCUGGUGAGCGCUGCAGCUCCUGCUCGCGUCUCCCGGGCCGGGCGUCUCUCCUCAGCGCCAACCCCUCAGCCCGGCCAUGGGCUCGUCGGCGGCAGCGGCGGCGGCGGCGGCCGCGGACUCAGCGCAGUGGCUCUCGGUGAAGGAGGAGACCAUCUUCCUGCACGACGGGCUGAUCCGGGUCACCGACCUGGCCGAGCUGCCCAGCGAGAUCCUGGGGGCCCCGGAGGCCGCCGACACGGACCUGGAGAUUUUAACAUUUGAGACCAAGAACCCCACAGAAUUAGCAGAACGUUUGCGCUCUGUUUGUGGGAAUCAGAGCAAUGCCUAUGCCCGCCUGCUGGAAUACCGCCUGAAUGCCUUGCGAGGACUGUGGAAUGCCCAGCGCCAGCUGGCCUUGGAAGAGCAGCAUGAAAGGGAAAGUUCAGGUGACGAAGAAACUUUGGCCCUGCUCAAGCGCCAGGGCUUGUUGCAGCAACCUGAGCAAGCGCCUUUCACAUCUCGGAUGGGGCUCCUGCUGGUCUUCCCCCUUAUUCAGUCCCAGAGUAGAACAGAUCCUUCUCUCUGUAACAUAACUGCUGAGGUGCUAUUGAACUGCCUUCGUGACUGCCAGCCUUUGAGCCUGACCAAGGAGCCCGCUGACUGUCUCAAUGGAAUUGAAACUUUGCUGUGCUCUUGGCUGGAGGAGACUUCUGACACAGGCCGCCACAUUCCACAGAAGCAAAAAGAAAAUGCUGCUGCUGCCCUGGUGGCUUUGGCAUGUGCCAGGGGAUCAUUGAAAACUUUUGUCCACACAGUCCACCUGUUGCAGAAACAGACUGAUCUUGGGUCCCUGCCUGUUGCUGAUGUACUGUAUAGACUGUUGCUUUUGGAAGGGGGGCCUGGAUCCCCCUCCUGUUUACUUGGGGGCAAACACAUAGUCUCAUGGGGGUAUGAAGACAUGCUGCCUGCUCCCGAUAGCAACACUGGCUCCAGUUCUGAGAAUAAAGAUGCUGAUUUGGGACGCUGUCUCACUGCAGACGGUCUUUACCUGUACACUACUAACUCAGUUGGAAGAGGAGUAAGCAAAUUGGGGUCUGGAUUACAUGGUACUCUAAGAGGGUUUGUGUACUGCCGGAAUGAGGAGCUGGAGCCAGGGUGGGUGGCUUUUGGCAGURGCAGUCUUCUCCACCGGCCUGUGUCUUUCGAUAAUAAACCUCACUCCCUGUUCCAGGUCAUUGAUCAGAAUACCCUUCAGGUGUGCCAGACAGUGGCCAUGCCAGCCAAUCACCUCCCUGUUGGCAGUACUAUGAGCACCGUGCACCUCUCUUCAGAUGGUACCUACUUCUAUUGGAUCUGGUCUCCUGCCAGUUUGAAUGAAAAAACACCAAAGGGACAUUCUGUCUUCAUGGACAUUUUUGAACUUGUGGUUGAAAAUGGUGUAUUUGUAGCCAACCCACUUCAGGAACGCACAAUUCUAAUGCGAAAAGAGGGUGAAUCUGCCAAAAGCAUUAAUGAGAUGCUUCUGAGUAGACUUUCUCGGUAUAGAGCUUCCCCAUCAGCGACCCUCGCAGCCCUGACCGGCUCCACCAUCUCCAACACGCUGAAAGAGGAUCAAGCAGCAAAUACUAGCUGUGGGCUACCUCUGAAAAUGCUCCGGAAGACACCCAUUUAUACCUGUGGCACAUACCUGGUCAUGCUGGUCCCACCUCCAGGGGGAUCAGGCAGCUCAGCCACUCGUUCUCUUUUUGGUGGAACAAGUGGCUUGUCAUCUUUAAAAAUCCUAGCCUCCAGCUUGGUAUAUAAUAUUUCGGAUGGUCAGUUCACAAGUCGUGCGGAUCUCAUAGAUGCUGCUGGAAGUUCACUGGGGCGUGGUGCUCUUGUACCAGGAUUGGGCGCCUGUUAUGAUACAGUGAACAACAUGCUGUGGACAUGCUCAAAUGAUUACAUCGAUCAGUGGUGUAAUCCUGGGAAUCAAGCCUUCCAUUAUGUGUGCCAGAGGCUGGGAGUCAGCCACAUCAUCACUGAGCCUAAAGAAGAGGCUAUAACCACAAAUGAGGUUAUAAACCAGUUACUGCACCACGUUGGUGCCAUGUGCAUACACCAGCUCAAUCUCUUGGCCACCAACCCCAAUCUUCCCAUCACAAGUGUCUUGGGCAAGCAGCAUCCAAUUGAAGCCCACCAUCUGAGCAGCAUUUGUGACAUCAUGGAGAAGGCCAUGGUUAACGGAGAUACCUGUAUCAUACGCUGCAUUCUCGUUGUCUUUCAGGUGGUGUUUAAAUUUUUCUUCAGCCCACAAACUGAAAGGAACCGAGACAUCAUUCGACGGUCAGGACUUCUUCUAUGGCAGUUGUUGAUGGCACCAAAAGAUCAAAUCUGUCCUGAAAUUCAGAAGGAAGUCUGUCUUGCCAUCAGCUCUGGUUUAAAUAUCUUGUACCCAGGCGAAACUGAAAUCAAUAACUUACUUAAGUUGGUCUUAACAGAAGGAGAGAGAAACAGUGGACUGUCCCAGCUUCGAGAUGUGAUCCUAACCAAUUUAGCUGAACAGCUUCAAAACAACCGAUUUGGCAGUGAUGAAGAUGAUCAUUACAGACUAAAUGAUGAACUUUUACACUACAUUCUGAAGAUUGUUGUACGAGAAUCCUGUAUUUUAAUCACCAAGUGCCAAACUGUCUCUAAAGAUGAUUUUCAAAAGCUCCUUUCAACUGUGCCUGCUGCAUCCUCCUGCCUGCGCUAUCUGAUGGCAGUUCAGAAUCACCUUCUCAGUAACACUAUUUUGAUUAAACCUGAUGAGAACGAUGACAGUGACAACUCCUUGCAGGGAGAGACAUUGAAGGUACAGGAGCUAAAAGUCAGUAUUUUGGCUCUUGCCACCCAAAUCCUGACUGGAUGUGAUGAAGUGUUGGAAAUGCUACAGCAGGUCACCACUGCCCUCAUAAACAGUGACAUAGCAGAUCGGGAGCAGAGGUUAAAAGGCUUGGAACAAGUUACCAAGGCCACUAUGCUCGGUCACCUUCUCCCAGUGUUACUGACCUCCCUGAUGCACCCCAAUCUGCAGACCUUGACCAUGGCCGACGCCCUGAUGCCUCAGCUGGUACAGCUGGUGCUCUACACCAGCCAGACGGCUUUGCUGCUAAAAACUCAGUGUCCAGUGUUUGCUGAAGUGGGCUGCUUCCCAUGUGGCACAUCCGACCAGAAGUGUAGGCUGUUCCCCGAUGAAAGAAUGCUGGAAGAAAAAGAGGAGCCAGGCUUCCUCACUGGCCUAAAGAUUCCCGCCCCCUGGGCUGCUGGGAAAACCGUGGAAACAGUACACCCUGUCAGAGACAACUACAAGUUUAAAGAAACUGUCCAUAUCCCAGGAGCUCGCUGCCUGUAUCUGAGAUUUGAUAGCAGAUGCUCUUCACAAUAUGACUAUGACAAAUUGGUGAUAUAUGCGGGGCCUAACACAAACAGUAGGAAGGUUGCUGAAUAUGGAGGCAAUACUCUGGGAUAUGGCAGCCGUAGUGUCUUAGGAACUGGUUGGCCGAAGGACUUGGUGAAGGUGGAAGGAGAUACAGUCACCUUCUCCUUUGAAAUGAGAAGUGGCCGUGAACACAACACUCCUGAUAAAGCUAUGUGGGGCUUUGCGUGCACAGUUCGCGCUCAGGAGUCCUCGGAGGACGUCUCAGGAGGCCUGCCCUUUCUGGUGGACCUGGCUUUAGGUCUGUCUGUGUUAGCUUGUUCCAUGUUAAGAAUCCUGUACAAUGGACCAGAAAUUACCAAAGAAGAGGAAGCCUGUCAGGAGCUUUUGCGGUCCAAACUUUUACAAAGGUGCCAGUGGCAGGUGGAGGCCAAUGGCGUCAUCUCGCCUGCCCUCACCCCAAGCCCCUCUCCACUGCCUCUGACCAUAGAGGAAGACCGAGAGUUCACCUACCCCUCAGAUGUCCUCGUGCCUCCUGUUGGGAACUACUUUGACCUGCCCCGGAUCCGGCUGCCUCCAGGAAUCAUGAUAAAGCUCAGGGAAAUUUCUGGGCGAGCUAGACCUCAAUUUAGACCAAGUAUAAAGGAAGUGAUUCAGCCAGAUGUGAUGGAGGAAAUGGUGGUAUCAUGUGUUAUUAAGCACUUGAACUUGGUCGAUGCACUGCAAUCCCUAAUAAAUUUCCAAUAUCAAGAAGAACAUGCUGAGGAAUAUGACUUACUAUGUAAAAUUAUGGGAGAGACCUUUAAGAAACUCAAUGCCAUGGAGAGACAGCUGCAGAGUGUUGCAGAACUGGAACAGAAGUGGCAAAGUGAGGUUGAUGAUGCCAUGCAGGGGAAACUGGAGAACAACAUGCCUUUCUUUUAUGAUUACCAUUUUAAUGAGAACAAAAUGAAAGAACUAGAACUUUUGUGUUCAAUGAAGGAAGUCUCCUUUGAUGGAAAUGAUCUUGAAAACAUGGUCCUAUCACUGAGGGAGAAGUUCCUACAAGAAGUGAAUUCUCUUAUUCAGAAGCCCUCUCAUCCACUGGCUAAAACGAAGACAUUAGUGAAGAGUCUAAUGAACCGCGCUGAGCUGCUGCUGCAUGUCACCAUUGCGGCCCAGUCUGGCCUCACCAGGAGCAUCUCGGGAACCCCUGCAGAGACACCGGCUUGUAAAUCAGCUUCUGAAACAAAGGUGAUAUCUCAUGCCGUCCGGCAGCCUGUUUUUCUCCGUAGUAUGUCGGCUCCUUCUGACCUAGAAAUGAUUGGUAAUGAAGAUUUGGAAUUUACUAGAGCAAAUCAGAGGCGUCGACAUGUGACCAGCCACCGCAGCAGCUCCUUUACACUCCUGCAAUCGUUGGCCAUUGAGGACAGCAGGGACAAGCCCACCUAUAGCGUCCUGCUGGGGCAGCUGUUUGCUUUCAUUGGCACCAAUCCCGACCAAGCUGUGUCCAGCAGCAGCUUCCUUCUUGCUGCACAGACGAGGUGGCGGAGGGGAAACACACGCAAGCAGGCCCUGGUGCACAUGCGAGAGCUGCUCACGGCUGCCGUGCGCGUUGGGGGAGUGACACAUCUUGUGGGGCCAGUGACCAUGGUCCUCCAGGGAGGACCCAGGAUUGAAGAGCUCACCUGUGGUGGGAUGGUCGAGCAGGUUCAGGAAGCCUUUGGCGAAACCAUGACUUCGGUCGUGUCGCUGUGUGCCCGUUACCCUAUCGCUUGUGCAAAUAGCAUUGGACUCUUGUGUACUAUACCUUACACCAGGAGUGAAGAGAAGUGCCUGGUGCGCAGUGGCCUUGUCCAGCUCAUGGAUCGACUGUGCAGCUUGAGCAGUCAGACCGAGUCCAGCUCCAGUGAGAAACAAACCAAGAAGCAGAAAGUGGCCACCAUGGCCUGGGCUGCCUUCCAGGUGCUGGCCAACCGCUGUGUCGAGUGGGAAAAAGAGGAAG